CCCCCUGUGGCGCGGCGCUCAGCACGGGCGCGGAGCCUCGGUCGCGCAGCGCCGGGAGCCGCGGGCGCGGGGCUGCACCGGGCUGCACCGCCAUGGUGGGCCGGGAGAAAGAGCUCAGGAUCCGCUUCGCGCCGGGACGCUGCGAGCUCGUGGAGGAAGAUGUUGUCGUUCCCAGUAGGCGAGUUUUGAUCACUGGUGCUACGGGACUUCUUGGCAGAGCUGUGUUUAAAGAAUUCAAUGAAAAUCGUUGGAACACAGUUGGUUGUGGAUACAGGAGAGCUCAGCCCAGAUUUGAACAUGUUAAUCUUCUGGACUCUAUUGCAGUUCAUGAUAUUAUCCAUGAUUUCCAGCCUCAUGUUAUAGUGCACUGUGCUGCUGAGAGAAGGCCAGAUGUUGUAGAAGGCCAACCAGAUGCUGCUUCUCAGCUCAAUGUGGCUGCUUCAGCAAACUUAGCAAAGGAGGCAGCUGGAGUUGGAGCAUUUCUGAUCUACAUUAGUACAGAUUAUGUAUUUGAUGGAACAAGCCCUCCAUAUAAAGAGACUGAUGUGCCCAAUCCCCUGAAUUUAUAUGGUAAAACCAAACUGGAGGGUGAAAAGGCAGUUCUGGAAAACAAUGAAGAAACUGCAGUACUUAGGAUUCCUGUCUUGUAUGGAGAGGUGGAAAGACUGGAGGAAAGUGCUGUGACAGUUAUGUUUGAUAAAGUGCAGUUCAGUAAUAAAUCUGCCAACAUGGACCACUGGCAACAGAGAUUUCCUACCAAUGUCAAGGAUGUAGCAGCUGUUUGCAGACAACUAGCAGAGAAGAGAAUGCUGGACCCAUCAAUAAAAGGAACCUUUCACUGGUCUGGCAAUGAACAGAUGACUAAGUAUGAGAUGGCCUGUGCAAUUGCAGAUGCUUUCAACCUUCCCAGCAGCCACUUGAGACCAAUUACUGAUAGUCCAGUUGUGGGUGCUCUUCGUCCCAAGAACACUCAGCUGGACUGCUCCAAGUUGGAGAUGCUGGGGAUAGGUCAGAGAACGCCAUUUCGAGCUGGGAUCAGAGAAUCACUUUGGCCUUUCCUUGUUGACAAGAGAUGGAGACAGACAGUUUUCCAUUAGUUUGUAACUUUUUUAGUAAAAGUAUGGUAUGUGGCACUUUUUUAAAAGAAAAAUAGUUUUGUAUGAGUGUUCUUAAAUUGUGACAUUUAUGAGCUUUCAUUUAAUUGGGUAAACAAAUGGUCUUGCACUAGUGAAACUUAGCCUAAAAAAGAGUUCAGUGACUAAAACUGAGCCUAUUUAAUGUCAUGGAUUUUUUCCUUCCAUUUAUACCAGUCUAAACUUGAUAUCUGUUCUUGGUGGAUUGAGGUUCUUAGUAAUGACUACUGUGUGAUGCUAAGAAUGACUCAGAUCACUUGCUGACUUACUUUUGGCUGAAAUAUGUUGUUGAUGCUUAAGGUCUGUGCCAUUGUUGUAUAUACCAUUUCUCUUCAUUAAAAGACAUGGUCAGUUACUUUAUCACCAAAAAUCUGAGGUUUUUGUUUUUAAUUUCUGAAGAUUGUGUUCUUAGGGAAUUAAGCUGAAGUAGGAGUCCUUAAAUGUUUGUUUUGCUUAAGCUCUGAUCAAAAUGUUUUUUAAAAAAGUGAAACUUUAUUUUUGCAAUUAUCAAGUGUACUUUUUAUGCUUGAAAUAUUUUCAGAAUGUUCUGUAAAUUGAAUGCCUGCAGCUUUGUAUUUGUACAGUAAGUUGUAUGCAUUUGUUUUCGUGGUGACUUACAAAAGCUAGGGGAGGGUGGGGACAGUGGGCAGCCAAUAGUUUUGACCUUGGGGUUUUUUGGGUGGGGGAUUGGAGUUGAAGGAAUUUUAUUUUUUUUUCUUUUGUCUGGGUGGUUGUUUGCUUUUUAUAUGAAAGAACAAAAUAUCUUCUUCCUUGCCUUCCCUUUUUGGGGACAGUAUUUGCAACUUGUUAAAUUAAUGGAAGAUGUUUGUUAGUCAGUAGGAGAUGGAGAGGAAAAGUGUUCAAUAAUUUGUAGCACUGCAGCAGCUUUUGCACAGACUGUCAGGCCUGGCACUGCUGCAGCUUGUUGUGGAAUAGCAGAGUGUGUGUGGAAAAGGUUUGCAGCAUAAUAAAACUGCAAUAAUCUAAUAUAAGACAGUCUUUAAAGCUGGACUCAAUAGCCAGAUAAUGUGGAGGAAGAGCAUUGUAAAGCUUUGCUUCCUUUUGAAGUUGUAGAAUCAACUAUAUGAAUGUUCUCAUAUUGCUAGCAGAUUAUUAGUAAAGGUAGUAAAAGGUCCAGUUAGAUGGUCAUUUAUUUUUCUGAGGCUGAAAUGAAGGGGAAGGGAAAGAUACUCAGAUUUAAUUUUUUUUAAGUGUGUGGGGGAGACACACGCAAAAAUAGACCAAUUGAAGGUCUUGUGAGGGUGAGCUUCACAUUCAGUCAUUUCAUUUCAACUGGCAUAUGCUAAGCAAUCAUAAUCCCAGUCUGUUUUAGUCUGAAGUUCUGAUAUACACACAGUAACCUAUCUCCAAAAUGACAAUAAAUAUAUAUUGCUAGCAUGAGAAACAGUUGUUGAUUCUUUCUUUACCAUCAGGAUUUGUUUAUCUGAAUCAGAAGUGUUUAAAAUUCUUCUUGAAAUGUGUGCCCUUUCAGUGUUGGGGUUUUCCCUUCUUUAAUUCAGUAAUUAUUUUCAGACUUGGUUUAGAUUGGAUCAGUUUCUCUGUCACUGUCUUGGAGAUGUGAUAAAUGUACACACCAAAGAUACAGAAGGUUUUGAAAGUAUGAGCCCUGAAACAUCUUCAUCCAGGCCUCAGGGCUGGAUCAAGAAGAUUCUAUGUCCCUUCCCCUUCAGAGAGCAGUUUGACCAGGAAGGAAAAAAGGAUGACUUCUCCCCCAAAGACAAAGGACCUAAGUGAGAUGAGUUGGGCAUUUUAGUGUGAGGACAAAAUUGAAAUAUCUGUUUGGUGUGUUUUUUUCCACACUGAGCAAGUAAGUCCCACUGUCCAGUUGUUGCCUGUCAGAAGGGAUCUGUGUCCUCAGCAUCCCCCUUGGAGACUUCAGUCUUGAGGCAUUUUGCUACUGGGCAGACACUUUGGAUGACAUUUCCCUCCUUCGGUUGUAGAAAUCUAAGACAGCACCAAUAAAUAUUGCAGGAGGCAGUGGAACUAACACUCUCAUUUUCCAGUCACUUUAAAGAUAUAUUGCUGUUGAAAUAACUUGUCAUGCUUUUCCCUUUUUGUCUCUGGCUUUGUUUCUGGCUCUGUGACACUGGAGGGGUUUGUGUUCAUCCACAAGGGCCCAGGAAUGGUUUCACCUUUUAGGGUGAAAACCGUUGUGAUUGCCUGAGAUACAGUCUUGGUGUUGGGAGGAAAGAGUGGCCUCUUUUUACAGAAACAAUGCCAAUUUCUGCCUGGUUGGUGAUUGUGAAGUAUGGCAAUACACAGUCCAGCUCGAGUCCUCAUGUGAGGGUUGUUGGAGGUUCAUAUUCAUUUAUUCAUUGCUGUCUGUCAGCAGUGGGCAUAAAGGAAGCAAAGUCACUGGUUGUGAAGUCUCAUUUUCUGUUCAGGCUGGCGAUGCUGUAGAAGCAGAGCAGGAGCUGAUGUGUGUCCCAAACACCCAUAGCCAGUGGCUGCAGAGCCAGCCAAGGACUGCUGGUGUCUGGUGAAGGGCCAUACAGGGGUUGGGCAGCACCUUCCUGGGACAAACGGCCUUGUUCUGGCUGCUGGACAUCAGCACGACACAGAGAGCACGAGCAUGGGCGUGUGGUCCAGAACUGGGUGUCUAUUUUUCAAAAAGAUCCCAAAGCUCUCUGGCCCAUUUCCAGAAAGGUUUGGAAGAAGAGACUGCAGGGUAACUAAUUUGCAUAGAAAGUGAUAAAUUCAUCUCUAGGGCAGGUAAAACUUACCUGGAGAAAGGUAUCCCCACCAGGCCCAGGACCGGGGGCACAUCAGCUGGAUCAGCACUGGAGCCAGGACUGGUGAUCUUUUUUUCUCCCCUUCUUCCUCUCUGCCUCUCUUUUAUCCAUCUCUUCCUCUCUCUCUCUCUUUCUCUUUACCUUCACCCUACUCCUUUAUGCAAAACUCCCUGCCAUGUUAUUAUGCAGGGGGUCAGGGCCUAACUGAUAUCAAUUUCCCUGUCAAGUGUGUAAUUCACUAAUAAAAACUUGAUAAGCUUUUGCAGAC